AUAUCCUUGUUAAAUGAAUCGAUAAACGUAUUAUACGGUCAUUGACCUACACUGUGUUUUGAUACUAACUUCUUAUUAACUGGACUGGGAUAAUAUUAUGUAAACAUAUUCUCACAAUUAAACCAUGGAUAGAACGUCGGAUGAAGAUUCGCAUGCCUGUAAAACCCCUAUAGUCAAUGAACAACGCAUAUCUUCGGAAGACGGACCAAAUCACCUGCGAUUUUCAGAAAAAUUUCUAAGAUCUUUAGAUUUGUUUUCUUCAAUUGGGAAGACAGCUGAUAUAACCCCCGACGAAGAUACUACCAAUUUAACCUUCAGACCAAGGGUUAAUUCGUUUCCACAGACUGCCAAAAGAAGAAAUAGCAGUGAGCAUGCAAUUUCUGAAGAGGUUAAUAGGUUAGGAUUAACUGCUGAACCGGUAUAUGAUGAUAAAAGUUCUAAAAUUGACGAGAAUGAAUGUAAUCUGGACGAAAAUAACGACAGUCGUUUCUCGACAGGAUAUACAAGAAGUGAAUUGUUUGAAGAUUCGCAAUAUUCAAUGUCAAGAAAAGGCAAUUAUUUCAAAGAGAAAAAUGCUGAAGAAUUAAAGAACGACAAGCUUGGCCAAUAUGGACAUUUCGAUAUAUUAGAUUUAAAUAACAUUGCCGAUAUUCCAUCCAAUUCAUCUACUAGCACAGCUUUGCAGAACGUGAAAGAUUGUAAUAUUGUUGGAGAUACCAAAUCUAUUCAAGUUUAUCCUGGAAAUGAACUGAGUACAAUUGACCUUGAAGGACACAUAACGACUGUCAAACAUUCUUCAAACACAAAUGAGACUAACAAUUCUUCUCAAGACCAUAACUUAUCAAAAGUUAAAACUUUGAAAAAUAAGACAAAUACAGGAUCAAAACACGUGAAAUCCGAACAUCGUCAUAGUGGAGAGCAGGAUACUUCUUUGCAGAAACAAACUUUACAAUGGGUCUCGACAACCAAGGUCCGACAAAGUGGAAGUGAACAAAAUAUGCUUUCUCAGCCAACUUUUUGAUGUAUUUACCAUAAUGUUUCGAGCAUGUUUAUUUGAUAUUGAAUUUUAUUGUUUAGAGUUAUUUACUGUUACUUCCAUUACUUUGAGAAGUGAAGAAGUUGUGUUUUGGUACAGUUGCAUGGGGGACACUUUCAAUAGUUCAUGGCGGUUUUCUUUGUUGGUGUUCUGUAAUUGUACGAAAACAAGGUUUAUAUUCAUGAACAGCAAUAUUGAUUUUAGCUAUUGAUUGUCAUAGUGUACUUAGUCAAUCUCCUAUACAGACAUAGUUGGUUGUCUUUUCCUCCUAUAGAUAAGGGACGACAAGACUGUCUGUAUUGAGGAGGAAAGGACGACAACUCUGUUUGUAUGGGAGAUUGGUACUAAGUGCUGCCACAAUAAUGCUGUAAAUAAUCUUUGUAAUUAAGCUUCAAAAGCAAUGUUGAUGCAUUUUAUUUCUGAUAAACUAAAUAUUUACUGUUUGAAAUUGUUUCAAAACUAUUCUACUCUAUUUUAAUGAAAUUUGUUAGACCAAUUAAGUCUUGAUAUUUAUCAUUUUUGGUCAUCAAAAUUUCAAAUGAAAUUUGCUAAAAUAUCUUGUUGGUGUAAAUAAAGCUGUAGUUUUCACAGCGGUUUUAGCAGAAAUAGGUAUGUUACCUAUUGAUAUUGGUGCUGUAAAGGCUUCUGUAGAGUUUGAGUGUCAUUUAAUGAAUGCAAAAGAUAAAAUCAGAAUAUGGUUCAAUCAUGUUUGUGAAAAUCAAAAUACUUUAUAAAAAAUUGCCUGGUUAAUGCUUCAAGGAAAAUGAAGCUGACAUAUAUCCAGAUUUCUGUUAUAAAGUCUUUUUUAACGACCAGAAUAACCUUAAUGAAAUCAAACUAAGAACAGACAGUAAAUUAACAAAAAUAUUACAAAUUGAAUUUGUAUUUAUUAGUAGAUUUAUACCGAUACAUGACAUCUUUUUAUGAGUAUACCUUUGGACAAAAAUAUCUUCCUUUGUAUAAAGGAGGAAGAAGAUGAAUAACAUUUUGCUUUGAAAUGUCAAAUUUAAGAAAAAUGUGGACAAAAACUUUUUUGGAUAGUAUAGAGUACGGUUCCAUCUUUCAACAAACUGUCUGUUGAGGAAAAAUUAACAUUUUGUUUGCAAUAAAUUAGUAUGGCAUAAAUAAAAUUAUUGUCAAGGAAGUUAAUGAUUUAUAUGCAUUAAGACAUGGCCUAGCUGAUAGCAAAAAAUAAUAUGUACAUGCAAGAUAAAUGUAGGGGUAUUUUAUAUAUUUCUUAUAUAUUUAUAUUAUGUUAUAUUUUUUAACAAUUGCAAAAGGAAUAUUACAAUUUUACAUUCAAAUUUGAAAAAGUAUUACCUCCUCCAAAAUAUCUAAAUAUAUAACUUAUUGAAUAUGAAUGCUACUAAGAUUUAAACAUU